AUGUCCGUAGAAUUUCUCAAAAUGAUGUCCACGACCGUCAAGGCGCAAGACUUCGCCCACGAGACCCGCGCCGCAUUCAACGUCUUUGACAAGGACGGUUCUGGCACCAUCUCCGCCGAUGAACUACGUCAGGUGAUGAAAUCCCUUGGGGAAAACUUGACGGACGCCGAGAUCGACGAGAUGAUUCGUGAGGCGGACAAGGAUAAUAACGGAACAAUAGAUUCUUCCUGGAUCAAAGAGUGA